AUGCCUGCUCACUCGGACAUACCGCUUCAAGCCGUCUCAGAUUACAAACAUCAUGGUCGAUCUGCUUCCGAGUCACAGCCGUUCAUUCCGGACCACGAUACUGACCGCCUGCUGCCUGCACAUGCAGACGACUUGAGCAAGCCCCAGAGCACAUUCGUUGAAAAAUGGGCACCAAAAGCCCUGCAACCGCAAUGGGCCAGGAAAUCCCAGCGUCUCCCCCAAGGUUGGCGUUUUAGCGCCUCCCUGGGCGUCUUCAUCUCUUUCACAGCCCUCGUUGUGAAUAUCAUGGUUGCUGCUUGGUCAUAUACCGUCAUUCGGGACAAGGGCGGCAACUUCUUUUCCGCGCCCAUCUUCACCGGCGACUGUGGGGACAUCGAGGCCUGGGGUAGCUUGGUACAUCUAGCAAUUAACGCGGUGAGCACGCUUUUGCUUGGCGCGAGCAAUUCCGCCAUGCAGAUCUUAUGCGCUCCGAGCCGAAAGGCUGUUGAUGAUGCACAUCGGAAAGGCUCGUGGCUGGAUAUCGGAGUGCCCAGCCUUCGCAAUCUGGCUUGGAUACGGGGGAAGAAGCUCGCUCUCUGGCUCGCCUUGGGGCUCUCGUCCAUCCCUCUGCAUCUCGUUUACAACUCGACAUUUUUCGUAUCAACCAGAAACCACCACUACGAUGUCUACGUUGCCAAUGACCGAUUCGCCGAUGGCGUAGAUUUUGAUGGCUUCAUUGGAAAAUAUGACCAGCCACCAUAUUACGCCAACUAUUCGUUGCUGAACUUGCCGACCGGAAGUGAUCCGAUUGUUGUGCAGUCGGCACUGGCUCAGAAUGUCUCAUCGAAGGAAGGCGAUUUCGAGCGGCUUGAGAAGAAUGAUUGCAUAGGGAACUACUCGAGAAUCAUCUUACCGGACCGCCGUAACGUAAUUCUCGUUACAAAAACCAAGCCAGCCCACAAUCAGCAAUUGCACGAGAUCGUUACCUUCAACGAGACUGCACUUCCGGAGCCGGACAGUAUCUCCUGUAAUGGAUCCACCACAGGGCACGUCUUGACAUCUGAGCUUGGACCAGUGAGCUGCGCCGCAAACUCAUCCCUGUACGGCAUUGCACACUACGCCCAGCCAGUAGUGGGGCUACAAACGCCUUACUACAGAAAUUGGUAUUACUGGGUGUGCUCCCAGCAAGGAUACUACUAUUCCGAGGACAGAUUGGUGGAUGAGCUCGGCGGUGAAACCUUGAAUAUCUCCAUGCCGGACUUCAUGAAGCCUCCGAAAGAGUUGUGUAGUGAUGGACUCUGGGAGGACUAUCUGAACAAGACAUGGAGCGUAUAUGGCUUUGAGGUGGACUACUGUCUCAGUGAGAAACUUCGGGGCCAGUGCAGCUUGAACGCCGCCGUCAGCCUUCUGUUUGUGGUGAUAGUCUUCAACUUCAUUAAGCUUGUGGCCAUUAUCAGCACCAUCUACACCAUCAAAGAUAAUCCACUUAUCACAAUAGGGGAUGCUAUCUCAUCAUUCAUCGAAGAGGAAGACGUUACCACGCGAGGGAUGUGUCUCCUCACCAGAGAUGAUGUAGUUCAGCAGACCAAGCACGAACGGGAGAAGCGGAAAGGCCCACUCUCAAGGUUCAGAAGAGGUUCUGUAUCGAGGGGAGGCUUUCAACUACUAUCACCAAAGGCAUUCGAGCCCAGAGACCUCAGAUGGUACCGCGCCGCAAGCAAAAGACGGUGGAUAACCGCUCUCACCCUAACCCUCCUCGCCAUCCUCGCCCUAACCGGCCUCUUCAUCUACGCCGCCACCCAGCUCUCCACCGACCUGACGCCGGCGUACCCCACCGUCUGGUCCUUCGGCUUCCACACGACGACGCCCUACACGCUCAUCACGCACUGGUCGCUGCCGCUGACGGGCUCCCGCGCCGUCGUCCCCAUGGUGCUGAUAUCCAACCUACCGCAAACACUCCUCUCGGCCGUCUACCUCGGCCUCAACGGGCUACUAACAAGCAUGUCGCUCGCGCGCGAGUGGGCCGCGCAUGCCACUUCGUCCUGCUCCGCCUCCUCCUCGUCCUCGCUACCGCUGCGCUCGCUCCGCGUCUCGUCUUCGGCCCCGCGCGGCGACCAGCGCACAGCCUACUUCCUCUCCCUGCCCUACCGCCUUGCCGUGCCCUUCGCUGCCCUCGCUACCGCCGCUCACUGGCUGCUCAGCCAGAGCUUGUACAUGGUCAAGGUUGAUGCUGUCGAUGCCCGCGGUGAUCUCGUACACGAUGGGGCUGAUGGCGGUGGUGCGUACGGGUACUACUCCAUCACUACGUGCGGCUACUCGCCGCCCGCCAUCGUCGCGUCGGCGGUCGGCAUCGUGGCGUUCGCUGCGUUUGUGUGCGGCGUCGGCGCGAAGAGAAAUGUCCAGGUUUCAGAUAUCUACGUCCUCCUUUUCUCGAACUUUUCAGAGGACGACGCAAUGGCUUCCGACCAGCAGAGCUAUCGGCUCUACGAAUACCAGCCAACACUGAUCGGAGCCGGCAUCUUCUCCGCCAUCUUCUGUCUGUUAAUCGCCGUCCACAUCUGGCAACUGAUCAGAAAUAAGACAUGGCAUAUGGUUGGGUUCUUCAUCGGCGGUCUCUUCGAGCUCAUCGGUUACGCUGCUCGGGCCACCUCCGCGACCCAGAAGGAAGACCAAUGGUCCAUUGAGCCCUAUCUGAUCCAAAGCACAUUCCUUCUGGUCGCGCCUUCGUUCUUCGCCGCAUCGAUCUAUUCGGUCCUAGGGCGCAUCAUCGCGUUGACGGACGGCGAUGCUUACGCGCUAAUUAAGAAACGCUGGGUCACUGUGUUCUUCGUAAUGGCAGAUGUGUUUGCUUUUCUGAUGCAAGCAGUUGGAGGCGGUCUCAUGGCAAUGUCCACUGCCGACCCCGCUAGGUACAAACUGGGCCAGCACACCAUCGUGGGCGGCUUGAUCAUCCAGCUCGUGGUCUACUUCAUGUUCUUCGUCUCCGCGGCCACGUUUUACCAGCGCAUGGACUCGCUUCCGCCCGUGAAAAAGCAGAAGCACGCACGCAUCGAUUGGCAGCAGCACUUGGUCACACUGUUCGUCGUCAGCGCCUUCUUCAUGAUCCGCACCAUCUUCCGCAUUGUCGAGUAUGCCAAAGGACACGACGGGUACCUGGUCGUCCACGAAGCCUUCUUGUAUGUCUUUGAUGCUUUGCCGAUGGCGCUCAUUAUGGCGUAUAUGAGCUGGAAAUACCCCGUCCUCGAGAGGAAGAAAAGAGAGGGGAGUCAUCGUUUCCAUUUAGCCAGGGUUUCCGAAAGGGGUCCGAGUACGCGAGGAGACGAAUCUCUGGCAAGCGAGACCGCCUGA